AUGGAAUAUACGGGGGCUCGGGCGGGCGGGGAACGAAGUGAACGGGGCGGGCGGGAAUCUCCAGUUCUAGCAGCAUUUCUAGACUUUUCAAAAGCGUUUGAUAAAGUUAAUCAUACUGGUUUAUUAAUGAAACUUCGAAGCGCAGGUCUAAACGACUCUUUACUUAAAUGGUUUGAGAGUUAUUUAGAAGCCCGCAGAGCUGCGACAGUAGUGGAUGACAAUAUAUUAACUUCAACUGGAAGAACAGUUGGUUCUAUUAAAUUUUUAAGUCACGAAUUAUCACGUCAAGCGCUAAAUUUAGUCUAUAAUGCAUUUGCCUUAAGUUGUAUUAAUCAUGCUAGUAUACUCCACUGUGGAACAACAGAUACAAAUCUUCGCAGAUUAAAUUCUCUUCAAUAUAGCGCAGGUUUGGCCGUUUCUGGAGCUAUGAGAGGUAGCUCACACGAAAAAGUAUGUGCUGAAUUAGGCUGGGUACCAUUUUUUAUCAAACAAGAAAAAGAAGACGUAUUUCCACCUAUACCUAUUAAAUAUGAUUUUUUCGCUAUUCAUCAUCUAUGCUUAUUUUAUAAAAUUUUAAAAGGUGCAACUGAUUUACAUUCUCUUAUUCCGCCUCCAACACAAACUACUAUUAUGACUCUGAGAAGCCAUAAUACACAACAAGUAACAACAUUAAGAAGAGGAAGUGAAUAUCUACAACAGACUUUUAUUCCAUCGUCUUCUAAACUGUGGAAUGGCUUAUCAAAUGUAAUAAAAGAAUCAAAAAAUUAUGCCACUUUCAAAUGUAAAAUGAAACAACCCUACUUCACUAAAUUAAAAUUGCCUCUGCUAUCGAUAGAAUGA